CAGCUUGUCGCAUACACAAGCAGUCGUCCGACAACCAGCUUGCUAAGCAGACCUACGCAUAGAUCUGAACGGUAUAACAAACGGUAACUUCGGCGAAAAACAUGAAAUUGUUAACAGUAAUAAGCUUCGCAUUGUGCUUAUUUGCGACAACGCAUGCCGAGUCCUAUGUUCCCAACUCGUCUGAUCCAAAUAAUCCGGGUCAUUGCUUCCACAAGGAGCUGCAACUCGCCAUCAAACUGGACGAGACCAUCACACCGAGCAAUGUAGACUUGUGCGCCGAAUUGACCUGCCAGGAGGAAGGACUGAUACGUGUUGGUCACUGUUCACGCGUGCAACCUAUCUGCAAGGACUUCCAAUAUCACCCCCUAGAUUUUACUAAACCCUUUCCGGACUGUUGUGAACGUUACACGUGCAAUAAAUAGUAGUUGAUGAGGUACCGUAA